CGGACCGGAAGUGUCAACCUCCCGCUGCCGAUGGUUUUGAACUCGCCAUGGGGAGAAAGUCGUCCAGAGCUAAAGAGAAAAAGCAGAAGAGACUGGAGGAGAGGGCAGCCAUGGACGCCAUCUGUGCCAAAGUGGAGUCGGCGAACAAGCUUGAAGACCCCUUGGCGCCUUUCCCUGCCUUCAGGAAAUACGACAGGAAUGGGGUGAACGUACUGAUUGAGUGCAAGCGCGUGUCAGACCUGGACAGCAGCACUGUGGACUGGGCCGUGGACCUGACCAGGACCAAUAUGCAGGCCAUGUACGAGCAGAGCGAGUGGGGUUGGAAGGAUCGGGAGAAACGGGAGGAGAUGACGGACGAGCGCGCCUGGUACCUGGUGGCCCGCGACGGAGGGGGCAAGCAGCCCGCUGCCUUCUCCCACUUCCGCUUCGACGUGGAUUGCGGGGAGGAGGUUCUGUACUGUUACGAAGUCCAGCUGGAGGCGCGGGUGAGGAGGAAAGGGCUGGGGAAGUUCUUGAUGCAGAUACUCCAGCUGCUAGCGAACAGCACGCAGAUGAAGAAGGUAAUGCUGACGGUAUUUAAGCACAACAGCGGCGCGUAUCAGUUCUUCCGAGAGGCGUUGCAGUUCGACAUCGACGAGUCCUCGCCCAGCCUGUCUGGCUGCUGCACGGACGACUGCUCCUACGAGAUCCUGAGCCGACGGACCAAGUUCGGGGAGCACCCCCACCGACACGGGAGCCCGCACUGCGGGGGCUGCUGCCACUGAGUGGGCCUCCCUUCUGCCCCCCCCACCCCUGGUGGGGUGGGGAGGGGCGGAGAAAAGGCCACUUAGUCACCCCACGGGAAUGUGGGUGCUCCGAGAGUGCGUGGGAAUACCUGACAACUCGUUUUUUUUUAUAUAAAGGUUUCGUUCUUUUACCGCACAUCCAUCUAUAUAUAUUAUAUAUACUGUGAAAGUGACCUAGCUUCUCACUGCCAGAGCCGUUCGAGUCUACCCCUGGUCGGGCAAGCUGAAUCUCGCUUCAAAUCCGGGUGAUGUGUGGCACAGUCCCCCGAAACCCAUUUUAAUUUUCAGAUGAAAAAGCCUCACUUUUUUUUUACACAAGUACAGAAGAAAUCAAAUUAACAAGAGACCAGCAAUUUACAUUCACAAUAAACUUGAACUGUUCCUAGCAUUCAGUUUUUAAAUAAAUUGCAUUU